ACACCCUGCGGGCACCGAACCCAGCGGUGCGUCGCAGAUCCCUAAGCGUGUGCUAUCACGCGCAGAGCAUUCCUGGAUUGCGCAAGGCUGCCUCGUGCUUUCUGAGGACAGCGUCGGAAGCCCGCUGGCCUCUCGCCGAGCAACAGACGCGGCAAGCAGCUCCUCCCCGGAAUCGGUGUUGAUAGGCUACACAGUGUUGCUGGGCAGCUGGCCGGAAUCGGAGCUGCAGCUCUUCUCUGUGACAGGGCACCAUGUCAUCGCAGUCGCAGGAGCAAGCUCCCCCAAACGCGGUGCCCGACACUCAGCUCGGAUUGACAGAAGACCAGAUCCAACUACUGCGCCAUGGCCAACAGGAGGUGGCAGCGGCGACCGGCGGGUCAACCUCCUCGCGGGCGGCGAGCCGCGCUUCGUCUCAGGGGUUGCUCAUGAUGGACACGUCGUCGCUAACCGCGCUGGGCCGUCAUUUCGACCGGGUCAUGCAGUCGAUCCAACAGCGCCUAGAGUACCUGAUGGAGCAGUCGCAAAUCGUGACGCUCAGUGUAUAUGACCGUGCCGGCAAUCUCAUCGACAACGCCGAUGCUGAGAUUGCGCGAUACCACGAAAUCAUGGCACAGAUCGAUGAGCUCGAGGUGGACUUUGACCGCAUCAGCGGCAUCCGGGAAAUCGUGCGCGGCUUCCGUCAGAGGGCCGAGGAGUUGGAGCGUGAGCUGGAACGAGCUGGAGGGGGAAGCAGUUCUUCGUCGAGGAGGGAGCGGCACGGCCACCGCCAAUCAUCUCACCGCAGCCACGGGCAAUCCAGCAGCUCCGGGAAACGGCGGGCAUGAUGGACGUCAAACAUACCCGAGGAUUGCCCUGGGGACACCUGCCGGAUUAGAGCACCCUGGGCCAAGGCGUUGCCUUGGUGCUACGAGGGGCGCAUCCGGUAUACCAGAGGGAGGCCCAAGCCAGACUAAUGGUGCGCAGAAAAUGUUGGCUUGGAAGACCGAUCACGGCGGGAUUAA